UUUGACACACAAAUUAAUUUCUUCCAUUUUUUGUUUACACCGCUCAAAUUUUUACUAAAAGUUGUGUUUUAACACAAUUUUCUCAAUUUUAUUUCAAUCAUAACUUGAAAUAGUUGAAUAUAUACAUAAUUCUUAAUCAUGGAAGUCGAUUAUGACGAAGAAGGUUGGCGUGGACGCAGCAAACCUGGCGAGGAUGAGGAAAUGCUUGAAGAAAAUCCCCAAGAAACCAUUCAAGAAUGUCUUGAAAAAUUCUUCACUCCCGAUUACAUUAUGGAACCGGGGAUAUUCACUCAACUGAAACGUUACUUUCAAUCGGGAGGCAGUCCCGAAGAAGUCAUCACAAUGCUAUCGGAGAACUACAAAGCUGUCGCUCAAAUGGCCAAUCUUCUAGCUGAGUGGUUAAUUCUAGCCGGAGUCAAAGUAACCGAUGUCCAAGCCAUGGUUGAAAAUCACCUCAAAGAUAUGAUCCUAAAGACUUUCGAUCCCAAGAAGGCGGAUACAAUUUUCACAGAGGAAGGUGAAACCCCAGACUGGUUGACCGAAAUGAUUGACCAUCCCACUUGGCGGUCGUUGAUUUAUCGUCUGGCCGAGGAGUAUCCCGAUUGUUUGAUGUUGAAUUUUACCAUAAAACUCAUAUCCGACGCAGGUUUUCAAAGUGAAAUCACUUCGAUCUCGACGGCAGCUCAGCAAAUCGAAGUGUUCUCUAAAGUUCUCAAAACCUCGAUUACGAAGUUCUUAAACAAUCCCGAAGACAUACAGAGUGCUAUUCAGGAAUGCGCACGAAUGGUCUGCCAUGGGCAGCACACCUACGUCUACAGUCAGGUUCUGGUGCAGGUUUUGUCGCAGGAACCAAAAGGUGGCUUCAAUAUGAAACGACUCUCGCAGGAAAUUACAAAAUAUGCCUUAACCAACAAUCAAAAUGUAACCCCCAUCACCAUGGCCUUGAAUGGAUCAGCGGCUUAUCCACAAGCUUGUCAAGCGUUGUCGUCGAUGCUUUCGAGAAAUACCCUCAAUCCAGCUGAUAUAACUGUCCUGUAUCGAAACUACACAGCACAAGAUCCGCCUCCAAUUGAUCUUAUCAGAGAUCCACAAUUUCUAGAGCUGCUUGUGGAUUCUCUUUUCAAACUCGGUGUGAAAAUCAACCCCGAGCAUAAGUCGAAGUAUAUAUUCCUUUUGGCUUAUGCGUCGAGUGUAGUCGAUACUCCAGUCAAAAAGAGACCGCAAACCGAUCGAGUUCUCAAUAAGGAAGAACUCAAAGCAACUACCCAGGCGAUAGAAAAGGUGCAUACGAUUUGCAACACCACCAAGGGCUCCACGGAACUGAUUGCUGAAUUACAAACGCUUUACAAUUGUAUUAAAUUUCCUGUCGUUGGAGUUGGAGUCAUUCGAUGGAUAGAAAACACAGUCACAGAACCUUCAUACUUCAAGCUUACCACCGACAGUUGUCCGACGCAUUUGGCGAUUCUGGACGAGGUGGCAUCUGUUCAUACGACUUUGCAUUAUCAGAUCCUCCGAUUGUUAAUUCGAUUGUUUGAAUCGAAACAAGAUGAGCUUGAAAUUCUUGUCCAGUUGGAGAUGAAGAAAAUGUUACUAGAUCGUAUGGUUAAUUUAUUAACUCGAGGCUGUGUAGUGCCUGUUGUAAAAUACAUCAAACAAUGUUGUGCCAAAGGAGACACUGAUAUCUCGUUGAUUAGAUAUUUUGUAACGGAAGUUCUUGAGACAAUAACACAUCCUUAUUCACCGGAAUUUGUGCAAUUAUUUCUGCCAAUGGUAGAGAAUGAGGAAAUAACUGGAACGAUGAGAGGCGAAGGAGACAAUGAUCCGGUAUCAGAGUUUAUUGUGCAUUGUAAGGCGCAUUAUACAACUGUUUAAUGAUGAUGAUGGACUUGAUGGAAACAUCUUGGAUUUGAAAAAGACUUUUGAGUUAAAAUAAUGAAAUAAAAAAAAUUAAAAUAGGCAAAUAUUUA